GUCGUUGAUUCGGGACAAUUAAUUUUUUAUCAUAUGCAUAAUUAUGUGGAUCAUUAAAAACAUAUUAUUCGUCGGAGCUUGUAUUCUAUUAACUUAGCGUGGUUGAACGACCGGUAUGGAGGAGGCGAGUAAUGAGAAGUUACUAUCACGAAGACGUUCUGCCGCUUUAAAAGCCUUUAAAGUCAAAGAUGAGAGAGUAGCGACCUUUAAAAAAGUAGCAGCAAUUUUACAGAAAUCCGAAGUAGAGAGAACACCGGAAGAAACGGGGAUACUUGCCUCCUGUAGUGAUGUAGUGAAAGAGGUUAAUUUACGACAAGAAAAGAGAGACAAAAUAAAAGCACGAUUAGAAGAAGUUGAAGAUGCUCCUGAGAUCUUGGAAGAAAAAUGCAUGCGAUUGGCAGCAGCAAUCAGCAGAGCUACAUCACUUGCUGUAUAUACUGGUGCCGGUAUUAGUACAGCAGCUUCUAUUCCAGAUUAUAGAGGAACCAAUGGAGUUUGGACUCGUAUGCAAAAAGGAAAAGACAUUGGGAAUCAUGAUCUGAGCCAAGCUGAGCCAACAGUAACACAUAUGGCACUUUAUGCAUUGUACAAAGCAAGAGUCCUCAAACAUGUAGUUUCUCAAAAUUGCGACGGAUUACACUUACGCAGUGGUAUCCCACGUAAUCUUCUGUCUGAAGUUCAUGGCAAUAUGUAUGUGGAAGUUUGCAGAGCAUGCAAACCAUCGAGAGAAUAUUGGAGACUCUUUGAUGUUACUGAAAAGACUGCAAGAUAUCAACAUGGAACGGGAAGAUUAUGCCACAGAUGUAAUUCGGUUUUGCAAGAUUCGAUAGUUCAUUUCGGUGAAAGAGGUAAUUUACCUUGGCCGAUCAAUUGGAAUGGAGCAACCAGAGCUGCAAAGCAAGCGGAUGUCAUAUUAUGUUUGGGUUCUAGUCUUAAAGUUCUUAAGAAGUAUCCAUGGUUGUGGCAAAUGGACAAACCUGUUCAAAAAAGGGCUUCCUUAUAUAUUGUCAAUUUGCAAUGGACUCCGAAAGACGAAAAUGCAGUUUUAAAGAUAAAUGGGAAAUGUGACGAAGUGAUGAAAAAGAUUAUGAGUCAUCUCGGAUUAGAAAUACCGCAAUAUAAUCGUCUAAAGGAUCCGAUUUUCUUUCAUGCGGUGAAACUUCACAACGGUGAGCAGCUUACUACAACUCAACCAUGUCUCGAAGAACCCAUUAAAAAAGAGCCUCUGAGUCAAAGCAGCGAUGAAAAUGUCAGGGUGCAACAAACCGAAGAUAAAGAAGAUAGUGUACCAUCUGUAACAGUGACUGAGACAACGACUACUUAUCCAGCACCUUUUUUUACCGCGUUACCAUUUUUAUCUAUGGGAUUACCAUUUCCUCCUAUGUAUAUGUAUCCUCAGUUAACACCAUUAUUUUAUUAUCCAUUCAUACAAGUACCAAACGCACCAGUAGAAACACCGAAACCCAAACCAGCUUGUCUGUUUUGUAUGGAAAAUGAAGGCUCCCUUACUUGUUUGUACUAUCAACGUGACGGCGACUCUCCUGCGUCCACAAAAACCGAGAAUGAACAGAAAACAGAAGAAAGUGCUUUGCUUAUUCACAAUGAUACUCCAAUAACAUCUGCAAAGAAUCCGGGAUGGUUUGGUAAAGGAUAUCGUAAAGGUAUGAAGAGAAAGCGGUAGCAUCUGCUCUAUGCAACACACUCAAUCCGCUCUCUUUUUAUCGAUACACAAUAUUUUAUAUUGUAUACAGAUACACGGAGUAACGAGUACUCAACCUUUAUUUCAAAAUUUAUUAGUAUUUUAAACAGUUUUAAUUAUUUUAUUAUAUUGUUAUUUUAUAUCCUAGUAUUUUUUAAAGCUUUAACAAAUGGACUACAUUUGUGAUUGUCAUUUUUUUAUUUUAAUCAAAAUUCAUUUUUUUGUUUAUAUUUUAAGAGUCGUUUACGUCUCUCUCAACAGCAAUAUUACUUUAAUUCCCCACCGGCAACGUGGGGAUUUAAAGAUUUGAUUCUUUGAUUUUGAAUUUUAAGAUAACUGAUUUCAAUCUGUGUAAAAAAUACAAUCUGAUUUCUAUGAUGAGUAAAAACUUGACAUAUUACAGCUUUCACAAAUAUAUGAGAUUUCAGAUUUCUAUACUGUCUAGAAAUGGUAUAAAAACCUGCAUUGAGUCUCAGAGCCCCAUAUUGCCGAUGAGAGGAGUUAAACUUGUACGUUGUCAGAGAAGUAUUAAGAUAAUUCUAAUUUAAGAUGGUCUUAUAAGUACACAAGAUCAGACUAUGAAUACUGGCCUAUGUGUCUAUAUAUACUCUGUUCUGUAAUUAUAAUAAUUUGUGUGGUAUAUAUUUGUGAUUUUAAUUAUUCAGUUUAAAAUUGUUUUGAUUGUUGAUAUUUUAGAGCCGACUAGCCACAUAGGGCGCAUAUGUGUAUAUAUAUUUGAUAGAUUACUAUUUUUUUUUUUUUAUUUUAUAUGUUUAUAUUAUUAAUUUGUGUUUAAUCGUUUGUAUUGUCCAAAAAUUAACUUAUAUUAGAUAAUAGCAAAUAGGAAAAAUAUGCAGUGGAAUAAAAUAAUAACAAAGUUGAUGUGUACGGCUUGAAUAUUGCAUUGUGUGAAACGCAACAGAAGAAUAAAACAAAACAAAAAAACAAAUAUUUAAUUAUCAUGUUGAGAACACAAUAUCGAUAAUUCUCUCAAAGCAAUAUAUUAUUAUCACCUAUAAUCAUUAAUUAUAUAUCGUAUAUCAUAAGAUAAUACAUGCAAGUGUGAUUAGAUAUACAGAAUUCUUCCAAAUUAUUGUGUGCACAUAUACACACACAUAUAUAGAUAUUGUAUGUACGUGAAAAUUCAAAGAAAUGAGUGUUUUUGCUAGAAAAGUGCACAUAUACAUAUUUUAUGUGUUUCUAUAUAAGAAUAUAUAUUUCUGAUCUCCAAAGUUUUUAUUUAAGACUUUGUACGGCAAUGUAAUAUUGAUAAGAUAAGAAAAGUAAGUCAAACAUUGCAUAAUAUAUAUGGAAUUUUGUAUGUAUGUGUUAUUGUAUCAUAUGUAUA